CCUUCCCAGCCCCACCCGUCGGCCAGAUCAGCCUUCAAACUAGGGUUUACUCCUCCCGCUCCGAGAAAGCCAACAGCGUAGCUCCGCCGGAUUCCUCCACGCUUGAGCUCCGCCGCCGCCACCUCCCUCCGUUCCUCCGCCAGGACCGGCAAGAUGAAGCUCGUCAGGUUCUUGAUGAAGCUGAACAACGAGACGGUCACCAUCGAGCUCAAGAAUGGCACGGUGGUCCAUGGCACCAUCACAGGUGUUGACAUAAGCAUGAAUACUCAUCUGAAGACAGUGAAGCUUACACUGAAAGGAAAGAAUCCCGUGACCCUUGACCACCUCAGUGUGCGAGGAAACAACAUUCGCUAUUAUAUUCUUCCUGACAGCUUAAACCUGGAAACUUUGCUGGUGGAGGAAACCCCUAGAGUCAAGCCUAAGAAGCCAACUACAGGAAAGCCUUUGGGACGUGGUCGCGGCCGUGGUCGUGGACGUGGUCGGGGCCGGGGUCCGCGCUGAGCUCCAUUGUACCCUUGCUGUCAGCUGUCUCGCAUGGCAAGUUUCCCAUACAAUGUAACCCUCUUGCCCCCGCACGAGAUGUGAAAGAAUGUUGCAUUGUUACCCUUCUGAUGAACGCGGACCUAAUAUCUCAAUCUCAGUAGUUCUUGUUGUGGAAUCCCUCUGUCUAUUUGACCAAUCGUUCAUGCUUAUCUUAGGUCUUGUAGUUAAUUUGCAAUGCUUUGACCUGUCAUACAUAUUAAGAUGCGCAGACAUUUGAAUAUCUAGGUUGUAUGCUUGUGUUUUGACAUCAUGGGGGAAUUAUCGCUUCGGAGCUAUGCAUUGAUCUU